AUGCACAAGCUGGUGCGCGCGUGGGAAUGGGAGCAACUGGAUGCGGCAGAGCAGCAGGAAUACGGGAUAAGCUCGCUGCAGUUAGUGUACAACGCUAUACAACUGUGCGACCAGACACCCCAAGCGAAGCUGCGCCUACUGGCGCAUGCGGUUGCGAACUUCACUGCAACGACACGACACGAGCACAUGUUCCACGCCUCAGCGACCUUGGCUGCCAUCGGAUGGGUAGAGAAACUGGGUCAUUUCGCCGAUGGAACGGGUCAACUAUCUGAAACAUUCAUGUUUGAGGCAUUUACGUAUGGGCAGAUGAAAGCGGUUCUUGGCCAAGAACACCCCUCCACGCUAAUAGCAAUGAGCAACCUUGCAGGCACCCUGAAUGACCAGGGAAAGAUGGAUGAAGCAGCGGCGAUGAAGAGCGAGGCGUUAAAUAAGAUGAGAAGCAAGCUUGGAAACGACGGACGAUACUGUAAUUAUACAAAGAGAGGUAUUGGAGAAGCUACAGAUGCUGGUCCUGAUGUAGGGACUUUCGCCAGAAUCGAUGCCGCUCAUCCUGACAACGGAGCUCUCAUAGGCGCACUGGAGCGACUGGCGAGUGCCGUGUUGGUUUUGUCGGGAAAGAUCGACUUAAUGCUAGACAAAUGCAACGAGACUGAUGAGAACAUUCUGGCCGUGCUUAGAGGGCAUGAGAUGAUUCAGGACAGGCUGAAGACGACUGACGAGCCACAAAUCUCAUCAAUUAACUCCAGACUGAGGAAAGAAAAAGAUGAGCUAAGUGGGGAUGUCAACGAAGAUGAUAGCAGGGAGAAUAAGCGCAAGGCAGAUGAUCUAGAUAAUACAGCUGAUGCCCGCAAAAGGCAAAAACGUAUCCAUUCUUAG